CAGUGCUGAGCUGCUACUCCCAUGCCACGCUGCUCCUCCUGAGCACCGGCUCUGCCCCCGCGACGCGCCCAGCACCAUGCCCGCCGCCCCGCCCGCUACACCGUGACCUGCGACCCUGAUCUGCAUCCGGCCACGGCGACGACCACGGCGCGAUCCCGCGAAGCGAUGCCGCGCGCGCCCACUGCCUGACCAGCGUCCACUGCCUACCAGCGCCCACCAUGCCGUCCACGGCCCAGACCCCGCGGGAGACGCGCUUCGCCGGCAUCCUCGCGCGCCUGCAGGAGCUGCCCAACUACGUCUGGGACUCGGACAUCAAGCCCUUCCACUCGUCCUACGACAACUGGCACUUCUUCGGCCACCAGAAGGCAUCUGCCUCUGCCCACGACCGCCCGCCCUCGCGCGGCCGCAGUGCCGUCGCCUCGCCCACCGCCUCGCACUCGCCCGACGCCCACCGCCCGUCCAUCGCCCUCCGCCACAAGUCCUCUGGCAGCGAUGCCAGUGCCACCACCGCCCACACCUACGCCACCGUCACCGCCCUGCAUCGCGAUGGCCGCCCUGUCGUGUGCCGCGUGUCCAUGCACACAUUGCGCCUCGAGCGCGAGUUCCACCUGUCCAAGCUCAUCAUCAGCAAGUCCGAUCCCGCCUGUCGCCACUUCGUCCGGCCCCUCGAGUUCAUCCGACUGCCUUCGCGGCCCGGCGAGGAUCCCAUGGUCGCCAGCAUCUUCGAGGCCCCCGGCCCAAACUAUCUGAAGGAUCUGGUCACCUUCGGCCCAAACUGGUACAACUUCACACAUCGAGACAACGCAUGGCGGUCCAAUGAAGCGCGGCCCAGCACAGGCGUGCCUCUGCUCACCUUCCUGGACUUUGCAGUCGGCGCAACAGAGUGUCUGGAGAUCCUACACCACGGCCACGAGAUGGUCCACGGCGAAUUGCGCGCCGACGCUUUCCAUUUCGCCGAGAACGGUCAUGUGAAGAUGAUAAACUUUGGCAGUGGCGCCAGAUCAUUCGAAAACGGGCUCACUUCUGCUGGAUGGAACACUCUGAGUCGCGAAACCGGGAUCGAGUUGAAGCUCGCCUUCAUCGCCCCCGAGCAAACAGGUCGCAUGCCUGCCGAGCCCGACAGUCGAACCGACAUCUACAGCCUGGGGAUAUUGUUUUACACAAUGCUGUGCGGGAACACGCCUUUCGAAGGCACCACCGCGCUGGACGUGAUGCAGAGCGUGUUGAGCAAGAGAAUACCACCUGUCACAUCUGGGCGCAUAGACAUCCCCGACGCCCUCUCCAUGGUCAUCCAGCGAAUGACGCAACGAAACAUCGAGGAGCGCUACCACUCGACCUCAGGUCUCAAAUUCGAUCUGAUCCGAAUUCGCGAGCUCCUAUCCGAGGGCGAUGGCGAAGGACUGAAGGCAUUCAAAAUCGGGACAAAGGACAUCAGCUGCUUCUUCAAUCUUCCACUGCAGCAGAUCGGCCGCGAAAAGGAACGUCAAAUCAUCGUCGAUGUGAUCCAGCGUGUGCACAAACGUCGCCGAACCGGCGUCAAAGUCCUGAGCAGCUUGAGCUCCAAUUCAUCAUUCUCCGAUGGCCAAGUCAACUUCCAGUUCGACGAUAUUGUGUCUGACACGUCGAGCUCUCGCGGCUCAGAAACCCGCUUGAACAGCAUCUCCUCCGCCGCCCCUGUGUUUCUUGACCAAGCACGCGGUCAACGGUCGCAAGACAGCGUUCAGACUAGGGAUUCCAUGGCGGGAGAGAGCCCGCACUUCCGACCGUCCCUGGUGCCAUCAAGUCGAGGCCAUUCCAAUAACAGUCUUGAAGGAUCUUCUUCCCUCUCGAGGUCCGUACCUUCAAAUGACAGCACAAUCACACGCAGCAUGUCUAACCGCGUCACUAGACGAAAAGGACGCUGUGAGGUAAUUGCUGUUGGCGGCGCCACUGGUCUUGGCAAGUCGCGUCUGGUUCAAAGCGUACAGAGCACCGCAAGAAGUCACGGCUACUUUGCUUCGGCCAAGUUUGACAAGACAAAAAAGGCUCCUUUUGACCCCAUUCUAAAAGUCAUGUCGUCGAUGUUUCGGCAAGUAUUCAGUGAAGCCGACGUCUCGUCCGACUUCCACAACAGUCUACGGAGCUUCCUCAAGAACACAGGCGUAUGGGCAGCACUGCGCAGCUACCUAAAUCUGCCAGACUGGCUCCUCAAUAUGAGCGGGACACCAAAGGCCCCCAUGCCCCGCGAUUUAGAUCCUUCGAGGCGAGCGUCUUCACCAGCAAUACAUUGCGGAAGUUCUGGACACACAGCUGAAGCAUGGCUGCGAAGUGGGGGUGCAUCCAAGUCAACCAAAUUCAUGAGCGUUUUCAUCGACGUCCUGCGGUUGUUUGCAAUGCAGAAGCUGUGUAUAUGGACGUUGGAAGACGUACAGAACGCAGAUUCCGAGAGCGCAGAACUCAUACAUCAUAUUGUUCAAGCCAAAAUCCCGCUUGUACUGAUUCUGACCUACACUGACGAAGAAGGCAUUCCCCGAGAACUCCGACCCUCACUACAGUCCGCCACGAAAGUACAGCUUCAUCCCUUCACGGAAGCCCAGACUGCCGAUUAUGUCGCCGAAACGCUUCAUCGCGAUCAUCAGUACAUCCUCCCUCUGGUUGCAGUGAUUCAAGAGAAGAGUCGGGGCAAUUUGUUCUACAUCCGGGAAAUACUGGACACUUGCUAUCGAAAGGAGUGCGUCUACUACUCCUGGCGGGAGAAUAACUGGCUCUUCGACCUCGACAAGGUCUUUGAAGUUUUUGAAAGUACCGAAUACGGCUCUUCAGUUACCAACGAUUUCAUCACAAAGAGGUUGCUUGAGUUGCCGGCAGACACUCGCAAAUUGUUGGCGUGGGCUUCGUUACUCGGCGGCGCUUUCUCCUACGAUCUGGUCUCUAAGCUGUUGAAUCCAAAGAAUGCACCCGCAGACGCUGAGAGAUUACCAUUAUUUGGGGAGAAGGAGUGCAUUGUAACGGCAUUGAAUGGAGCUCUCGCCGCCUACAUUCUUAUGCCUGCUGAAAGCGAGUCUCGAUUUCGCUUCAGCCACGACAGAUACCUAUUCGCGGCUGCCGCCUUGCUCGAGAGGGACUGGGACACCCCCAUGAUGCAUUACGAGAUUGCCCGUAUCGUCAGCUCGACCAACGAGUGGCAUGACGAUGCCAUGGGCGAUUCCAAAGCUUUAUACAUGCGAAGUCGCCACAUCUGUCUCGCUGUUGACUUGAUCAAGGACAGGGAAACAAAACGUGCGCCUUUCCGGGACGUCCUGUAUCAGGCUGGAGAAACGGCCGCCGAAUCUGGCGCUCGAUCCACCGCCAUCUAUUACUUCGCGCACUGUCUGAUGCUCUUGCAAGACGAUCCGUGGGACGAAUCGAAGCACGACGUUUCAUACCAAGAAACACUGCAGCUCUUUGUGCGGUCAGCAGAGUGCUAUUGGCAUCAGAACAUGCUCGACGAGGCCCUCAGUCUCAUCCGGACCACAUUCCAACAUGCCCGCGAUCCCUGCGACAUGGCAAGCUCUUUUAUUCUACAAUCACGUGUCCAUGCCGUGCGCGGUGACAGCUCUGGCGCCUUCCAGGCUUUGAAAGACUGUCUGUCUCUGCUAGGAUCCCCAGUGCCUCCCACCACCUGGGAGGAGUGCGAUGCAGAGUUCCAGGUUGUGUAUACUAAACUGCAGGCUGUCAACACAGAGGACUUGCUGGCACAUCAACCAUCCGAAGACGACCGCAUACUUUUUACAAUGGGACCCGUAUUUAUCGAGCUUCUCAGCGCCGCGUUCUGGUCGAACAGCCUGCUCUUCUACCAGGCCACGCUGAAGCUAGUGAAUAUCCACCUCGAACGAGGAACCAUAUCCCAGGCUGCACUUGCUUACGUCCAUCUUGGAAGUAUCGCUGGUGGCCGAUUCGCCAUGUUAAAUUUUGCAGCAGAUAUGGGAGCGAUAGCUAAGAGGCUCUUCGAGAUGUUCCCGGACGACAGCUACACCCUCGGCCGUGGCCAGACCUUACAUCCGCUGUUCUUAGGGCAUCUAGAGGCGCCGGCAGCGGAUCUGAUUCCUCAUCUUCAAGCUGCCUUGGAGUCGGCAUUGACUGCCGGUGAUCGUUUGCUCACUCUACUGAACCUCGGUACUCAGGCUCACUUCAGGGUGAUUGCCUGUUACGACUGUGCUGAGAUAGAGGCUUACGUCGAAGAGAUUCCCUUGGACUUGAAGAACUGGGAACAAGACAUGCGGGGAGGCGUGCUACUGAUGGGAGCUCGCCAGUACGCCAGAGCUCUUCAAGGCAAGACCAGGACAGAUGACGCAUCGACAGUCUUCACGGACGAGGAGCACGAUUCCGCCGAGUAUGUUCAGUGGCUCGAGCAAACGGCAAGCAAUCCAAAACGACCGAAGACCUACUACCUUGCCGCCAAGCUGCCGGUGUUGGUGCUGUACGGCUACUACCAAGAGGCUGCCGCGCUGGGUGAGCUUUUGCUGCCGAUGCUGGGCAGUCUUUGGUGUCAGCGGCUCAAUUACUCUGUCAUGUACCAUCUUUCACUCGCAUACCUGGCCCUGCUGCGCGACGACAAGGAGCAUCCAAAGAGGCAACAGAUGCUGAGCCACAUUCUUACUACCACCAAACAACUCGAGUCUCUUUGUACCAUCACCGACGUCAACUACCGGUCCUGGAUUCAUCUGCUUGCCGCUGUGCUUGCAGAGGUCAACGACGACCCUCCAACAGCGUUGGGGAACUACGAAGCAGCAAUGGAUCACAGUGAGAUUCACGGUUUCACUCUGGACGAGGCCCAUGCUCUAGAGUUCUACGCCGAAUGGCUGGUCCGGAAAAGAGCCAACAGACCAGCUCGCCACGCUCUCAAAGACUGCAUUUCUGUGUAUCGCAGGAUCUCCGCCUAUGGCAAAGCGAACCACGUCAUUAACAAGUAUGAGUUCCUCCUUCGAGGCGCAGUGUCACUCAGCACGGUGGAUGUCGCGGUGCAGACCACCAUCAUUGACACAGGGAACACAACAUUGCGACUCGAGCAGAAUGAGGACCAUGAACAGCUGCUUGGAACCGAGACGGCAGUCGACCGGACCCAGAACUGGAUUGUCCCUGAGACGGGGCGACGCCACGAAUCAUCCAGUGACCUCCGCAACGGCUUCUCCGCAGUGGGAUUAGACAUGCUCGACCUCUCCUCCAUCCUGGAAUCGUCUCAGGUACUGUCAAGCGAGCUGCAGGUCGAUAAGCUGAUGGCCAAGAUGGCCUCUAUCAUCCUGGAGUCGACUGGAGGUACUCUAUGUGGCAUUGUCAUAGAAGACUCCCAGAUUGAGUGGAGCAUCGCCUGCGUAGCAUCCAGUGAGUCUAACAACGACCCCGGCCAGGUUUCUGGCGUCACGUCGUUUCCAGCAGGUCAGCCGCUGGACUCGGUAGACGACAUGGUCGCCCGGCAAGUGACACUCUACACCCUGCGCUUCCGAGAGAACGUGUUUGUCCAGAACUUGCUGGAAGACGACCGCUUUUCGAAUGUCUCGGACUCGUACCUGAAGCGAAACCCGGAAGGCAAGGCUGUGAUUUGCAUACCGAUCAUCCACUCAGACCACCUCCUUGGUAGUAUUUACGUCGAGGGCCCGCCAAACUCCUUCACAGAACGGAACACACAAGUACUCCACCUUCUCGUGAACCAGAUCUCCAUCUCUCUGGCGAAUGCUCUGCUCUUCAAGAAGGUUGAACGAGUCAGCGCGAGCAACGAAGCAAUGCUGGAGAUGCAGAAGCGUGCGCUAGCACAGGCAAGAGCGGCGGAGAUCAAGGCCAAGGAGGCCGAAGCCAUCGCAGUGAGGAACAUGAAGCUCAAGGAGGAGGCUGCCAAAGCAAAGAGUCUCUUCCUCGCCAAUGUCUCGCACGAACUGCGAACACCUCUGAACGGCGUGAUCGGCAUGUCUGAACUUCUCAAGGCCAGCUUGCUGAACCCAGAGCAGCAGGGGUACGCCGACUCUAUUCGCGUGUGCGGUGAUACCCUCCUGUCGAUCAUCAAUGAUCUGCUCGACUACUCCAAGCUCGAAGCUGGCAAGAUGAAUGUCCAAGAGAUGCCGCUGUCCCUCAACGAGACCAUCACCGAGGUCGUUCGUGCGCUCGCAUACACGAACGCCGAGCGCGGCCUCAAGACCAUCGAGCAGCUCGAGCUGAACCCCGAGAUGCUGGUCAUGGGCGACCCCGUGCGUCUCCAUCAGAUUCUGAUGAACCUGCUGUCCAACAGCUACAAGUUCACGCCACGCGGGUCGGUCACAGUACGCGCCGUGGUCGACCGGGAGGGGCCGGACUGGGUCGACGUUACUUGCAGUGUCAUCGACACCGGUAUCGGUAUUCCUGAGGAGCAGAAGAAGAAGCUCUUCCUGCCCUUCUCGCAGGUCGAGUCCUCGUCAGCACGCAGCUACGGCGGCACAGGGCUCGGUCUAAGUAUCGUCAAAGCACUGAUCGAGAACGUCAUGAACGGCUCGGUCCGCCUCGACUCGGCGCCCGGCGUCGGCACGACCGUCUCGUUCUCCCUGCGCUUCACAAAGGUGAGCAUGGAGGGCUCCCUGGCGAAGAACUACACGCGCGACGUCGACCCCAUGGCCAAGUUCUCCAGCCAGGAAAACAACGGCCACGAGCAGUCGGCCGGCAACUGCAUCGACCUUUCUAGCGUUCCCCGUGCAGAUCUGCGCAUCUGCAUCGCCGAAGACAACCUCAUCAACCAGCGCAUCGCCAUCUCGUUUGUGCAGAAACUGGGCUUCAAGUGCGACGCGUACCUCGACGGGUUCAAGACUAUCGACGCGCUCGAGCGCGCCUCGGACAACGGCCGGCCCUUCCACCUCGUGCUCAUGGACGUGCAGAUGCCGCACUGCGACGGCUACGAAGCCACAAAACUCAUCCGCAAGCACCCCAACCCCGAAAUCCGCAACGUCCUCAUCAUCGCCAUGACCGCCUCCGCCAUCCAAGGCGACCGCGAAAAAUGCCUCGACUCGGGCAUGAACAACUACCUCGCCAAGCCCGUGCGCGCCCAGACCCUCAAGUCGCUGCUCGAGAGCUACCUCAACAAGGACGAGAAGCCCGCGGAGAUACCGAAUUUGCAGACUGAGGCGAAGAAGUUGGUUAAGGAGGCGUUGAGUGAGGCGGGCGCGGAUCAGGGGCUGGGUGUGGCGAUGCGCGAGAUGGAUGGGAAGCGCGAGGCGGGGGAGAAGAUGGAGAGGCCCAGGAGUGUGAGGGUUAGUACGACGGUGAGGUGGCAUGAUGGCGCGCCUGAGGAGGCGGGGGGGUAAAGCGGCGUGCGUAGCGGCGUGCGUAGCGGUGUCCAUGCCAGCACCUCGUUCUGCGUUUUGAAGUUUUACGUUUUCCAACACAGUCGGUCGGGCGGUUGGUCGGUGCAUCAUCAGCCUGCACGGCACGGCGCUGCUGUAACCGCGGCCCUGUCUGUGUGUUGUGUCGUCGGGUUUCGCAUAUCACGGUUUGCAUACAUGGGUUUGCAUACAUGGAUUGGCGUUCAGGGGCGUGGGUGGGAUGAUUACACGAAGUAUCCUACGACGGGGUACACGAAUGGUGACAAUAGGGGCGGGGGGUGUAUGUAUGGAUGGAUGUAUGGGUUCAAUCAUUGUGUGUGUAUGUAUGGAUUCAUUCAUUCAUUCAUUCAAUCAUUCAUCGAUUUCUCAAAAGUUUCUCAAAAGCUGCCAAAAUUUCUCAGAAGCUGUCAAAGUUCCUUAGAAGCUGUUAAGUUAAAAGCUGCCAAACCCCCGUCAAAGUUGUUCAUGUA